AUGGAGUCCCCGAAUUCCCUCCCAGCAUACAAUGAGCUGUACCGGCAACCACCCCGACCGAUGUCCCGAUCCGCGGUUUCACGCUCGGGUUCCAGACGGGUAUCUCCAUCAGCUUUGACCAAACAUUAUUCGGGCGACAGCUCUGAUGAAGAGGUCCCGGAACCUAAGUUCAGCGCUUCUGUGAAAGCAUUGCUGCAUGGAGAUGGAUUGGGUUCUUCGCCUCAUCUGCAAAAGGCACACAUAUCGCACGAACCUCGGAUUGGAAUAUCAAGACAGCAAAGCCGCUCACCCCGGAAUCCGUCCCCACACGACUCAUCUAAUGGUAGCCCGGCUCCAAGAAUCGUCCGUAUAGGGGCCAUCUCAUCUGGUUCCCGAUUCUCACGCGAAGGCUCCCCACUAUCAAAUAGCCAAAGUGCAGAGCCAGAGCAGCACAGCCGCCCAAAUGAUUUUAUCACCCCCGCCCCACGCCAACGCAGUGUCCGUAUCAAUGCUUCACGAAGCAACACUCAAUCCCCGGCCUCUGCCUCACCUUCGGGAAAUCGCUCGUCGGAACGCAAUUCGGGCGACGAGUAUGGUAGUGCAGAUCGCUCUGAUAGCGAUCGGAAAUCGCUGUAUGACGAUGAUCUAGCGUUACGAUAUGGCCCUUCUUCCGCAUUACGGGGCCGCGGCGGCGAAGAAAUUGCACCACAUAGCUCUUUGCGCGUCAAGCGGGUUGGUCGACUUGCUGGCACUUUCUUGAACGGCCCUGCUCGGAGGGGAGUGCUACGACGUCAGAGCGAGGAAAGCAACGAGGAAAACCAUCAAUAUGGCUCGGCUGACGGCGUCCCCGAGGACGUCGAAGGAGAGGAGGAACAUGCCGAAUACCGACCUCACAAACCCUCAUCUCCCAAGGUUUCAUGGGCUGACCCAAGUCCGCCUCUCGCCCGAGAUUCUAAUCGACGCGAAUAUCCUCUCCGUCCCGCUGAGGUUGAGGGGCCGUUUUCGAGGUCAUCUUCACCGAAAUCGCACGCCUCAAAGUCCACCCCCGCUUCAUCAGAUAUGUCUUCCAAAUCCUCGAUUGUGAAGGAACAACCUGUAUUCAAGGUUCCUUCAAUACCGGCUUUGCCCUCGGUCCGCGACCAAGAGAAUGAACCACCACCAACUUUCAGGCGUACAAAGCCCCAACGAUUGAAUGUGUUGGAUAAGCCAGAAAAGUAUAACGUUGUCUACGACUCCGAGAAGAAAGAUGUAGCGGAGACUCCAGCAACCAACUCUGCGCGAAAAAUACUUGCCACACGGAGCAAUAACACUCCUCAUAGGGCCGCUCCUCCCCCUCCGAAAAUGUCAGUCCUUGAAACUGCCACUUCCACGGGGGGGCGCCUCGACCUCACAAUCCCGAAAGAAGAGGAGUCAAGUAUCAAUCAACGGCAAGCAUUUCACUCGGCUUGA